UUGUUUUUGUCAGCAGUUGCCCACAUUAGCAGUGCGGUUCGUGUAGUCUACUCUUUGUCUUCCAUCGAGAAAUUUUCUCAAAUCCGUGUAAAACCRAUCAAGAUCGAGUGCUGGGACCCYGGAAACYUCCAGCCAACCAUAAACAGCUACACCUUCAGUGAUAAAAUGUUAUAAUUUACACGUGCCGUUCGAUAGGGUGUUGUAAAAUUUGUGAAUGAAUUGUUCUUUUCGUGUUUGACCCACCCCCUGUAUACGCGUUUUCUUACCAUCAUGUGCUUCACGGAUUUCUUCGCAUAAAAGUGGAGGAUUACGACAGCAGUAUGAUGUGAAGGCAUGGCUCGUCGACGCAAACAGCGCUUUAAGCCUUGAGGAGACCACCCCAGCCAUGGACCACAGCGUGAAAGCGAUGACAUCUCCUCGCAUCCUCACGCGGAUGCUCAACCCUCACCGUUUCGAAAACGACGAACUCGAGCAACURUACCAGCGCUACAUCUGCAAACUCCAACAUUCUAGUGUAGCCGCAGUUGUCGCCAUCUUCGUCGUGCUAACGGCCCUCUUGGCCAAUCUGGGUUUGAUCUACUCGCAAGGGCCCACUGCCCAGAACGUGUACCAUGCCGCCCAUUGCAUUCUCUUCGCGUUGCUCUUGGGCUUCCUCCACACCCGCUUUAUGCAAGAUGCAUAUCUGCUUUGGGUCUGCUACGUCGUGUUGUUUUUCUUGGCGAUUUUCUGCGCGUUGGCGUUGCCUCUCUAUCCGGAAAGCUCGACGGCGAAAGUGGCGGCGGAAGGAACGUGGCAAGUGGUUUUCGUGGUGUUCUUGGCGUAUGCGAUGAUGCCGCUCAAGAGUUGGAUUGCGGUGAUUUUUGGGUUGAUGUUGUGUUGUGCGCAUAUCACGGUCGCCACGCUUUUUGCCAAGGAUUUUCAAGAGCUUAUGUGGCAGCAGUUGAGUGCCAACGUUGUGGUUUUCUUAUGCGUCAACAUCGUUGGAGUUUUCGUUCAUAACUUGAUGGAGCAUGCACAACGGAAGGCCUUCUUGGAUACCAGGAACUGCAUAGCAGCCCGACUUGAGAUGGAAGACGAAAACGAGAAACUUGAGAGACUCCUGUUGUCCGUGUUGCCCCAGCACGUCGCAAUGGAGAUGAAAAACGACAUAAUUUCGCCGGUCGAAGGCCAGUUCCAUAAAAUUUACAUCCAGAAGCACGAAAAUGUUAGCAUCCUCUUCGCCGACAUCGUCGGAUUUACUGUAUUGGCAUCGCAGUGUACGGCCCAGGAAUUGGUACGACUGCUCAACGAAUUGUUUGGAAGAUUCGAUCAGCUGGCUAAUGUAAUUUUGUAUGAGAGGCGAGUGCACAUCACUCAAGCCACCCUCGACUACCUCGGGGGUGAAUACGAAGUGGAACCAGGUAACGGCGCCACCCGAAAUCAGUACCUCCNUAUCGUGAUUGAUAUAGUUGAAAAUAUGCAGCAUUAUUCACAUAAUCUGCGAGUGCACAUCACUCAAGCCACCCUCGACUACCUCGGGGGUGAAUACGAAGUGGAACCAGGUAACGGCGCCACCCGAAAUCAGUACCUCCGCGAUCACUGCGUCACCACAUAUUUCAUCGUACCACCGGCUCGCAGGAGAAAGCCACUCUUGUUCAACACGCUGCAGGUCCGAUCGGCUCUUGGUGCGGCUCAGAGGCGCAAACUCAGCUUCAAGAACGUCUCCAACGUCGUGGUUCAGCUCCUCCACUCCAUCAAAUAUUCCAUGGAAGUGCCCUUUUCCAACAUGGCCCUUCAGCCCGACCUCAAGUCCACCAACGCCCGGAAAGAUGCGGUGCUAGAUCUGCAGCGGGUGCUCCAUGCGGACCCUUCGGCGUGUGAGUCGUCCCAGCACCCUGCUGAAACUAGCAGCAAAGUGCUAGAACUGCAGAGGGUGCUCCAUGCCGAAAUCUCACCCUCCACAGAACAAACACGCUCCCCAGAUACAGAGACCAAUAAUAAAGUGACGGAAAAAUUCAAAAGGCCGUUUAAAAAGAGGCACUCCAGCGUCUACCACCAGCCCUCGAARAGGGUUAAUAAGUARUUGGCGCAAGCGAUUGAUGCGAGGAGUGUUGACAGGGAAAAGUCWACCCAUGUUAACUUAUUUACUCUGUGCUUUAAAGACAGCAGCAAGGAAAACCAGUAUCAUGAUGAUUUGGAUGUGGGAUAUAGCUCGUCACUUGUGUGCGCUUUGGUCUUAUUAGUCCUUCUUGGGGUGCUUCAAGUGACAGUUUUGCCGCGAACGAUUAUUCUACUCUUACUUUUUCUCACGGCGUUUGUGUGGAUUUCGGUCGUUCUUAUGUUGCUACUUGCCGUCCGAUUGCGGUGGAUUCUAUGGGAUAUCUCGCACAGUUUCGUACUAAGACUGGCCAUCACCGUUUUUACGAUAGUUUUAAUAUAUACGGUAGCUCAAGUUAAUGUGUUUACUUGUCGUCCACCCGACGAGUCGAAAUGUGUGCCUACAACAGCGAACGUGACUCUCGACGGCGGUUUCAAAGAGGCGGAUCAUCGCGCUUGUCCAUUGCCUCAGUACAUAGUUCUAUCGUGUGCUUUGGGAUAUUUGGCCGUUGCAAUUUUCCUCAGACUUCCGAUUUUAUUGAAAGCCGUUUUACUUGUGAUCAUGUCAACGGUGUACAUUCUCCUGAUAACACUAUCACACACACGCCUCUUCACCUGUUACGACAAACGAGUGAAUCAGGUGGGAUUAAUCAUUCCGGCCGAUGUUCUAAGCGUUGUACAAGUCCUUAUGUUCGUCCUGGCUGUGCUUCUGCACGGCCGCCAAGUCGAAUGGACUGCUCGUCUGGAUUUUCUAUGGCAAGUCCWAGCCAAUGAGGAGAAACGCGAAAUGGAUGCACUCCAACAUUCGAAUAAGCGAAUUUUGUUCAACUUAUUGCCAGCUCAUGUCGCUACGCAUUUUCUGGAUAAUCAAUUCAGGAAUAAUAUGGAACUGUACCAUCAAAGUUAUUCAAGAGUCGGUGUUGUUUUUGCUUCCAUCACUAAUUAUCACGAAUUCUACACCGAAUUAGAUGGAAACAAUCAAGGUGUUGAAUGUUUAAGACUCCURAAUGAGAUUAUAGCCGACUUUGAUGACCUACUGGGUGAAGAACGGUUCAAAGCCAUUGAUAAGAUCAAAACUGUGGGCUCCACAUACAUGGCUGCUGUUGGUUUAAUGCCAGAUUUGCGAAUUUUAGACGACGAUGAAACCACCGCUGGAAUUCACCUUAGCACACUUGUCGAGUUUGUAUUCGCGAUGAGGGACCGUCUCCUCAACAUAAACGAAAAUUCUUACAACAAUUUCAUGUUGCGAGUAGGAAUCAAUAUAGGCCCUGUAGUUGCCGGCGUGAUAGGUGCCCGGAAGCCCCAGUAUGACAUUUGGGGCAACACAGUUAACGUUGCCAGUCGUAUGGAUUCCACAGGGUUGCCAAAUCACACCCAAGUCACUGAAGAAGUUUACCAAGUGCUUAAAUCCUACCCUUACGAAUUUCAGUGCCGAGGAAAAGUCAAAGUUAAAGGCAAAGGCGACAUGACAACUUACUUUUUGAUCGAUCGUAAGCAACCGGGGACUCUGCGUGUCGAAGAACUCAACAGUUUGCGCUCCAACUCCACGUCGAAUACGAGUAACAUGUACGGGGGCGUUGCUACUCCUUUGGCGCUCUUGCAUCAUAACGAGAUUAAUGGGAGGACGAAGCAUCCGCAGUUGCAGACAAGGUCGAGUUCGAGGGAGGAUAGUUACAGUGGGGUGAGAAAUGCAAUGAGGUUGCCGCCGCUCAGGGAGGCGCCGCAUAGAGACCAUGGGAGUAACGGGUGCGAGAAUGAGCCUUUAUUGCCCACUGGGGGGUGCAAAAGGAAUGGAAAGAAGGUGCAAGAGGAGAAUUUGCCACCGCCGCCGCUGCCYCCACAUAAGAAUUCCUAUCAGCAGGUGCAGAGGCAGUCAUCACAGGACAUGCGUUACACUCCACCGUGGCCUCGCGCUCCGAAUCCCUACUCUGCAAUACCAGUGAGACCAUCUGAGAACAUCAAACCGUAUCUUAAACCCCUCCCCAAACCCCCCGGCAAGGAAUCUCCCAAUCGCCACCACCGUAAACAUCACAACGGAGGCGCUGGCCCUGUCCCACCUCCUCACCAAAUAAUCGCACCUUUGCCACAUCAAAACAUCCCUGAACGGACUCCUGAACUCCUCCGCAAUAAAAUCCAAACACGACAUAAUCCCCUCCAAAACCGACACAGUCCUCUACACUCGCGCCACAGCCCCCAUUCCAACCGCCACAGCCCUCUACAAAGACACUACUCGGAUGAGAGUCUAGGGGGGCUGUACACCACCGGGGUUCCACAACGAAUCCAUUCGUCGGCUGAUGAAAUCAGUUCGUUGAAUCAUUCGCCGAGCAUCAGUAGUUCUGAUGAGAGUUAUAGCAGGACGACUGAUGCUGACGCUUCUCCUUGUGUCUCUCCACCUCUACCUGCUGAUACUCAACAGUUCCUAUUUCCGUCUGAUAUUCAAGUGAAUCCGUGUUCGUCGCCAGAAGUCUCACCGAGGGCUUCGUUGGAUUAUAUUCCUGCGAAUUGUUCGUUGAGGAACAGUUCGAGUGAUAGAAAUAACACUAAAAGGAAUAAUUUACCACCAAAUGCAGUUUUGGCACUUGCGGGGACUUGCAAUACCGUUGAUUCAUCAAUUGUGACAAGUCCGCCGGUCCUCGACGGUGAAGACAGUUGUAAAGGGGAGAGUUGUGCCAGUUUCGAGUUUGUUACRCGACCAAAAACCAAACCCACGUCACUACUAAGAGCAAACAGCGCCAACGGUGCUGUUUCCAAACUCCCAAUCAAGCAGAAAAGUCUCGAUAAGCGCAUAAGAAAUGACAGCGAUUCGGUUUUGGAGUGUAAUAAAUUAUCYGCAAACUCUAAAAGAUCCCCUAGCUUCAAAGAAGCUGAAGAAAUUCGAGAAUUACUCAAAGAAGACGAAACGAGAAACCUUGCCGGUGAAAAGAGUUUGAAGAAAGAUGGUUGUUGUCAGACUGACAAAAAGGAUUUGAGACGCUUUAAGACCUCCCCAUCGGGCUUUCGGGACAAGAUUUCUCCCAAUAACAAAGUGAACAACACCGACAACGAGAAUUUGAUUGGUCCCUUCGAACGCGAGAUCCAGAAACUCCUCGACGAGCAAAAUCUGCUUCAGAAUAUCCCUCCAAAAUUCGAACUAAACCAACAGAACAAAGAUCUAGCUUUGGAGCCUUUAGUAAGGUACGCUCCAAACAAUAACAACCACCAGGUGGGGCUAGCGGCGAUCCAAGCUCUAGCUCUAGGCUUGAGAGUGAAUCCUACCGGCAGUGUAACCCUCCAGUGCAUGUCCCCUCCUAGAGCAAGCAGCAAAGAGGGAUCGCUUAAGCGGGGAGCAUCCCCUGGACCGUCCGAAUCUCAUAAACAGCCAAAAGUCUCGCCUCUUGACAGAGCUCCGAAAUCGGCUGAAGAAGUCGAUGUUGACUGUGAUAUGCCGGAAGUUCAUAAAAGAGACGACGAUACUGAUCUGGAGAGCUUCGAGCGCGAGGAACAACGCAUGGAGGAAGAAGCAGCAAGGCCUGUGGAUCGAGAGUUGGAGGAGGAAGUUAAGAGACUCUUGGAAGAGAAAGUGCAAGAAAAGUUGAGAAAUCUCGAGAAUGGGGACUUGGAGAGCCAAGGAGUCGAAGGAAGUCAGUCGGAAUGGUCGGAAGAUGAGGAUGGAGGGGCUUCUGAACCACUUCUGAAUGAUAGAGAGUCGACGGGUUAUACUACGGAUGAUCCAGCGCUGGAAAAUAUUUCUAUGAUUAACGAAACUGGACUCACCGAUGCUGAAGGAGCCCUUAGCGAUGUGAAUUCUGCUUAUAACGACCACAACCAUGAGGGCGACAUGGAUGACAACACCAGCAUGUCCUCCCGCGCCUCUUCGCGCAUCUUCGACUCUGACGCCAUGAUGUCUCUGGAUUCUCUAAGUGCUCUCUACGACUCCGAAUACGAUAAUUGCUAUCGAACUGAUGACGAUCUAAAUGCAGUACCUGACCUCGACAGACUUAACUAUUUUUCAGUGCCUGCGAAUGACGUUCAUCUCGCAAAUAUCCGAUCAAUGAGUGAGAGUAUUACUAGAAACUUUGGACAGCCUCGAAGUGAAACGGAUCCAGAUAGUGAUGUUUGAAGUAGGUGUGAUCGUUUAGGACUAAAAAUUUUGUAAAAGUUGGACGAUAUUAAUCUGAAUGUAUAUUGAUUAGAGAUGCGUUUACAAGAUCGGAGGGUGAUUAUCUUGUUAGAUGUUUUGAUCAAAAUUUUUUCGUAUUUUGGUUGAUAUUUAGACUAYACUCGCAAUGGUGCUUCUAGCGCGAAGGGACUGAUACUUUGUGAUUUUUUAUUAGGCAGCUCUCUAUCAAGCUGGAUAUCACCCACGUAGUUGGUUUAAACCAAAGAAUGCAAUUUUUUACAUUAGUGAUAUCUUUGUUGUGUAUUAAAUGAUAAUUUUAUUACUUAACGGGAAAAUAGUGGCUCAAUAAUUUGUAUAAAUCUCGCUAAUGGCGUCUCUUAUGUAUAUAAUACUGUUUUAGUUGAUUUUAUUUAUUUAUGGAACAUAUUUUAUUUGUUACCAUCAAGGAUGCAAUAUUUUGUAUUUAAUUAUAUAGUUUAUAAUCAUUAGUAAUUUUAAAUUACUGAUGUACUUAAAUUGAGUUUUAUACAUUAUUUUUCUCUUAUUUAAAGACUUUUGUUACAGAUACAUCAGAUGUAUUAUUUGUUAAAUUCUAUCUUAAACUGGAUUUUUAAUGGAAUUUUUCUUUUCUGUGAUCACCAUUUCUAAAUGUAGCACUGAAUAAUUGGUGGUUUGUAAAUAUUUCUAUUUUCUUCGAAAUAUCCGAUCUUGGUGUUUAUUAUUAUUGUUGUUCUCUUUGUAUUUCCUUUUUUCUGUAAUUAUAUUUUCUACUAUUAUCUGUAAAGACUCUAAAAUUUGAUCAUAAUAUGUGUUGGAAAAUUUUUAAUGAUUUAUUAAAUGCUUAUAAAAGUAAACUAAAUACAUUAUCAAAA